AUGACGUCCGCGGACGCGCGCGCGCGGGCGCUGGCGUUCGCGCCGCACGCGAGCGCGCCGGACGGGGGGUUUUGGGCGCGCGUGGCGAAGAUGAAACUGAGCGAGACGAUGCUGCGUGAAUCUGGAAUUUCGUGUGCGUGUCGCGUGCGCGCGGCGAACAGGGCGGAGAUCUCUGGCGCGCACGCGUUGGAUCACGAGAGCUUCGAUGGGUUGAACGCGUCGGAUGGGGGCGAUGGCGGUGGUGGGUGGGUGGCGCGAGGCGACGCGAGACUGUUGAACACGCGAGAGGGCGUGACGACGUUCGACCGAGAGGCGUACCUACGAGAGAUCGGGGAAGAGAUCUUGAGAGACAUCGAGAGUGGCGACGCUGAGCGGGAUCCGAGUAGGUUGAUGCGGUUCGGUAUGAUUGCGUACGCGUGCCUGAAGAGUUGGUCGUUUACGUAUUGGUUCGCGUUUCCGGCGGCGACGAGCGCUGAGUUUACAAUAACGUCGACGAGCGUCGAGAAAAUGCGAGCAGAGGACGAGGGAGACGCGAUGCGAGCGCAAGCGUGCGAUAAUUGGAUCGCGAGCGGUGGGGCGUUCGCGUGGUUAUUGGACGAAGACGGCGCCUCGGCUCGGCCGCUUGCGGAUUACUCAAACAUCGUCGCGGAGGGGAGAAGACCGACGCUCGCGUUCGCGGAUACGUGCGGGUCGGCGACGCAUCCUGGAUGGGCACUUCGUAAUCUAGCGGUUUUAGCGUCGGCGAGUUGGGAAGCGAGCGAGUUGGAUGUAGUGUGCGUUCGAACACGAAAAGGCCGCGUCGUCCCGGAGGCGUGCGUUAAGUUCACGAUGUUCCUUCCGAAAUUCGACAAGGAUGCCGUAAAAUUCGUUGGUUGGGAGCGCAACACUCGAGGUAAAAUGGGUCCGCGCACGGUUGAUCUCGGGACGAGCAUGGAUCCGACGCAGCUUGCAUCGCAGGCGGUCGAUUUAAACUUGAAGCUCAUGCGAUGGCGUUUGCUUCCAGAGCUCGACCAGGACAAGCUCGCAUCGACGAAGUGCUUGCUCAUCGGAGCAGGGACGCUCGGAUGUGCUGUAGCGCGCACGCUCAUGGGUUGGGGCGUGCGACACAUCACGUUACUUGACUCAGGUCGUGUGUCCUAUUCCAAUCCCGUGCGUCAGACGCUCUUCGAGUUCAAGGACUGUUUCGACGGAGGGGCGCCGAAAGCGGAAGCAGCGGCAAAUAAGCUCGCAGAUAUUUUCCCAGGGGUCAAUUCUAGAGGUAUUACGAUGAGCAUCCCAAUGCCAGGGCACAGCGUCAGUAACGAUCUCAAGGAAAGUGUGUUCAGGGACAUCGAUGCUCUCGAGACGUUGAUCGAUGAGCAUGACGCGGUGUACGUGCUAACGGACACCAGAGAGUCUCGGUGGCUUCCGACGGUAAUCUGUGCGAGCAAGGACAAGCUUUGCAUCAAUACCGCUCUUGGAUUCAACACAUACGUCGUGAUGCGACACGGGUGUGGUGUUGAUGCAGACUCGGAUGAAUCGAGGCUCGGAUGUUACUUUUGCAACGAUGUCAUGGCGCCGGCGAACAGCACACGAGAUCGAACGCUCGAUCAGCAGUGCACGGUCACCCGUCCAGGGCUCGCUCCGAUCGCGAGUGCGCUCGCGGUCGAGCUCAUGGUAGCCUUGCUUCACACAAAGGAUGGAUCGAAGACGGCGCCGCCGACGCGCAAUGCCGACGACUCUGAGCCAUCUCCGCUGGGCGUCGUUCCGCACCAAAUCAGAGGAUCGGUCGCCGGCUUCACGCAGACCAUGUUCGACGCCCCCGCAUUUCCUCGGUGCACCGCGUGCUCGCGCGCGAUCGUCAAUAGGUACCGAGCCGAUCGCGAAGGAUUCCUCAUCAGCGUCUUCGACGAUCCCAAGACGCUCGAGGACGCAACCGGUCUCACCGAACUCCUCGGUGCCGUCGAUGCCGACGACGCCGAAUGGCUGGACGACGACGAUGAUUUCUAG